AUGCCCCACCUCUCCGCCUCAGCUCCAGUCCAUUCUCGACCCUUUUACUUCCGGAAGGGCGAAGCGCGCAUCAACAGUGCUAUAUAUCAUGUCGCACGCCAAGGCCAACUCACACCCUCCCCCAAAGGCGAUUCCAGCAACGGCAGCGAUGACCGGUACGGAAAGUCCUUCAACAGUGGUGACGAGGGUGUUAAGCUUUUUGACAGCAUCUGA